AUGUCCGAUUUCGAAGACGAAAUGGAAAUCGACGCACCGCCCCCAGCGGCCGCCAUAACCUUCUCCUCAGCGGCCACAGAAAAGGGCAAGCGCAGCGCCGCUAACCUCCCCGUCGAGGCCGAGGACUCGCUACCCUGGGUGGAAAAGUACCGCCCCGUAUCACUCGCCGACGUGUCUGGCCACCAGGACAUUUUGGCCACGGUCAACAAGUUUGUCGACGCAAACCGCCUGCCCCACCUGCUGCUGUACGGGCCCCCGGGGACGGGCAAGACGUCGACGAUAUUGGCGCUGGCCAGGAGGAUCUACGGCGCCGACAAUGUGCGGCAGAUGGUGCUGGAGCUGAACGCGUCCGAUGACCGCGGAAUCGACGUGGUCAGGGAGCAGAUCAAGACGUUUGCGAGCACCAAGCAGAUCUUUACCAUGGGGUCGAAACCUACACCGGCGGCAACAGCAGCAGCAGCAGCAUCAUCAUCAUCAUCAAACAGCAACAAUCCCUCGGCGGCCCGCCCGACCCCCUCCUACAAGCUCAUCAUCCUGGACGAGGCCGACGCCAUGACCAACACGGCACAGAUGGCGCUCCGGUGCAUCAUGGAAAAGUACACGGCCAACACGCGCUUCUGCAUCAUUGCAAACUACGCCCACAAGCUGUCGCCCGCCCUGCUGUCCCGCUGCACGCGGUUCCGCUUCAGCCCGCUCAAGGAGGCCGACAUACGCGUGCUGGUGGACCGCGUCGUCGAGGAGGAGACCGUCAACAUCCGCCCGGACGCCGUCGACGCCCUGGUCCGGCUCGCCAGGGGAGACAUGCGCCGCGCCCUCAACGUCCUGCAGGCCUGCCACGCGAGCAGCACACCGCUGCGGGAGAAGGGCGCGGCCGCCGACGCCGCCGCAGUGGUCAGGGACACCAUCACGGUCGAGACGAUAUACAACUGCAUCGCGGCGCCGCCGCCAGAGGCCAUCAAGGAGAUCCUCGACACCCUGCUGGCCACCAGCGACGUCGUGUCGUGCCUCGGCACCAUCAACGCGCUCAAGGCCACGCGCGGCCUGGCCCUCGCGGAUAUCAUCACCGCGCUCUCGGAGGAGCUGGUCAAGCUCGAGGUCAAGCCCGAGGUCAUGAUCACGUGGCUGGAUGGGCUGGCGGAGAUAGAGCACCGCGUCGCCGGCGGCGCCGGAGAGGCCGUGCAGACGGGCGCCGUGGUUGGUGUUGUGAGGAGGGGGGUGGAGCUGAUGGGUUGA